AUGAGGAUCGCUUGUAUUAUUCUUCUGGCUGUUGGAGCUUUCGCUGCCACAAUUGAAGAAGAGGAGAAUGUUAUUGUUUUAACUAAGGAUAACUUCGAUGAAGUCAUCAACGGAAAUGAGUUUGUCUUAGCCGAGUUCUACGCUCCAUGGUGCGGUCACUGCAAAGCUUUAGCCCCAGAAUAUGCCAAGGCUGCCACUCAACUCAAGGAAGAAGGAUCCGAUAUCAAGUUGGCCAAGUUGGACGCUACCAUCCACGGAGAUGUUGCCAGCAAAUUCGAGAUUCGCGGAUACCCAACCCUCAAGCUCUUCCGCAACGGAAAGGCUUCUGAAUACACCGGAGGACGUGAUGCCGCUUCUAUCAUCGGAUGGUUGAAGAAGAAGACUGGACCAGUUGCCAAGACCCUUUCUACCGAAAACAGCGUCAAGGAAUUGCAAGAGUCAGCUGAUGUCGUUAUCAUUGGUUAUUUCAAGGAUUUGGAAUCUAAGGAAGCUAAAUUGUUCCUUGAAGUUGCCGCUAGCUUCGAUGACAUUCCAUUCGGAAUCUCUUCUGAGACCGCCGUCAGAGAUGAACUCCAAAUUAAGGCCGAUGGAAUCGUUCUCUUGAAGAAGUUCGAUGAUGGACGUGCCGUUUUCGACGAGACUGUUUCCGCCGAAGCCUUGAAGACCUGGAUCCAAGCCAACCGUCUCCCACUCGUCUCCGAGUUCACCCAAGAGACCGCUUCCGUUAUCUUCGGAGGAGAAAUCAAGAACCACAACCUUCUCUUCAUCUCCAAGGAAUCUGCUGAGUUUGAGAAGCUCGACACUGAAUUCAAGAACGCCGCCAAGGAAUUCAAGGGACGUGUUCUCUUCGUCUACAUCAACACCGAUGUUGAAGACAACGCCAGAAUCAUGGAAUUCUUCGGAUUAAGAAAGGACGAUCUCCCAGCCAUCCGUUUGAUCUCACUUGAAGAGGAUAUGUCCAAGUUCAAGCCAGACUUCGCUGAAAUCACCACCGAAAACAUCGUCAAGUUCACUCAAUCAUACCUCGACGGACAACUCAAGCCACACUUGAUGUCUGAAGAUAUCCCAGAGGAUUGGGACAAGAGCCCAGUUAAGACUCUCGUCGGAAAGAACUUCGAUUCCGUAGCCAGAGAUCAAUCUAAGAAUGUCCUCGUCGAGUUCUACGCUCCAUGGUGCGGACACUGCAAGCAAUUGGUUCCAACCUGGGACAAGCUCGGAGAGAAGUACGCUGACCAUGAAAACAUUGUUAUCGCCAAGAUGGACUCCACUGCCAACGAGAUCGAAGACGUCAAGAUCCAAUCUUUCCCAACUAUCAAGUUCUUCCCAGCUGGAUCCAACAAAGUUAUCGACUACACCGGAGAUAGAACAUUAGAAGGAUUCUCCAAGUUCCUCGAGACCAACGGAAAGGACGGAGCUGGACCAUCUGAUGAUGAUAAGGCUUCAGAAGAAGGAGAGGGUCAUACUGAAUUAUAA